UUUGAUUGGUGUUGAUUGUUGAUGCUUUUAUUGUUUGUUAACUAGCUGAAUUUCAAUACUAGUUGUUUAAAAAAAAUGAACGAAACUUGCAAUUUUUGUCUGGAAUUCCACGUUUCUUGUAUUAAAAUGAAUGAUGUAAAUAUAAGACAUAUAACCAAAACCAUUUUUCCAGCGAAGAAUAUGGAUAGCUAUAAAGAUGCUCUUAUUUGUGCUGCAUGUCAUAGCAGUCUUAAGUCAGUGUACGAUUUUACCACAAAUGCUAAAGAAAGUAAUCGUAAGCUAUGUGCUGCCGUGAUAAAAAAUGACAAAUUGUGUCAAACCUGUACAACACCAGUGGAAAACAGUGACAUAGGCAUAUAUUUGUUUAAUCAUUUUGAAAAUGCAAUUCCUUAUUAUGAAAUAAAGGAAAUGUUGGAUUAUUCUUCCCUUGAUUUGGACUUUGAAAACUAUCAGUGCCCUGUAAUUUGUAGUAUCUGUUUUGAGAAAUUGCAAAACUCCUUCCAUUUCUUGAAGAAAUGUGCUGAAAACGAACAAAUGAUAUUUUUCGAAGAAAAUUCUUUUAUGGAAGAAAAUUUUGUUCAAAUUGAAGACAUUAAGCAAGUGGAUUAUAGAACCCCUGAAAUAAAAAUCGAAUUUGUCGAAGAAACAAUUAAAAAAGAACCUCUAGAUGCAGUUGAAGAUAACUUGUUAGGCACAUUGACAGAAUAUGAUGAAUAUUAUUCCAGUUUUACAAAUAAUUUUGUAUAUUGUAAAGAAGAGAUAUUGGAAGAAGCAUCUGAAAGGAAGUUGUUUGUAAAAUUAGAACAACUAGAUUCUCCUGAUGUAGUACAUGAGGAGGACACAAAAAGUGAAAAGGCAAAACCUGCCCUCAAAUGCGACCUGUGCCCAUUUACCACACAGAAGAAGUACAGAUACAACCUACACAUCACGACGCACAUGACCUUAGAAGAAUGCGCGAAAAACAACGCCCUGUUCAAAUGCGACAACUGCGCGUACCGCACGAAGAGAAAAUACUCUCUAAUAAGACAUUUCAAAGAGGUGCACAGACUAGCUUACGUUUGCGAAAAGUGCGGUUAUGAAACCAACUCGGCGCUAUCCUUCAAAUUACAUGUGCAGACGGAGCAUAACAACAACAUAAUUUCGUACACCUGUAAGGAAUGUCCAUACAUUGCUUUCACGAAAGUGAAACUUAACCAGCACGUCAAAACGCACGACCUUCACAACGUCUUGCUGAAGUGUAGCCAAUGCGAGUUCGAAACGAAAGAGGUGGCACGUCUGAACGAGCACAAGAUGUGCCAUAAACACAUGAAAGUGGGAAAAUUGUACAAGUGCGAGUUCUGUUCUUAUCAGGUGAAGAAAAAGUCCACCAUCGACCGCCACGUUUUGACACAUUUUACUAAAAAACAGCUGUCUGAUAAAUUGUACAAGUGUCACCAGUGCCAUUACAAGGCCAAGAGGAAGGAUAGUUUGGCGAUUCAUAUCCGGAAUCUACAUGCGGUGCAGCACGGAACAAGAAAAUAGCUAGCAGGAGAAUAGUGGCUUCUUGAAUUGUACACUUUUAUUGCAGAACUGUUUUUUUUACUUUGUUGUUAAGAUUGAAAUGAAGACGCUGUAGUUGAAAUUUCACAUGGGAAUGUAUUCGUUUAACAAUAAACA